AUGAAUGAAAUAGAUGAUAAUUUACAAAAGUAUCGUCCUCCGAUUUCCUCAUCUCAUUUUGGUUUGACAAAACAAUUAGUCCUAAAGAUUGCACUUCCACAUAUUUCUAUUUUUUUGAUUACUCUAAUAUAUACUAUUUUGGGAGCUAUUAUUUUAACAAAACUUAAUAAAUGGGAAAAUACAGUUGACAAUAUAGCUAAUGAUAUCAUAUUAAAACAAAAAGAAUUGUUAUUCAAUUUAUUAAACAAUAACAAUUUUAGUAAUGGAAAUAUAUAUGAAAAAAAUAAUAUUAAUGAAUAUCAUUUAUUUCAUAAAUUUUUUACUGGAAUUGAAGAUGUUUUUAAGAAAAGCCAAGAUAAUGCUAGAGAAGUGGCUAAAAAUGUUAGAAAUUUAAAAUUACAAAAUCGUAAUACAUCAUUUGAAUCAUUUACAUUGAAUUUAUUUUUUACCUCAACAACAUUAUUUUCAAUUGGAAAAAAAAAACGAAGUAGAACAAGUCGUAUGAAAGCAUUAGAUAGAUUUAACAGAAGAAGAAGUCAAGGUUCUAUACAAUUAGGAAAAUUAAUUAUUGCUGGUGGUGAGGAUGAGAUUGCUGAGUUUUUGUGGACUCAUUUAGAAGAUGCUCAAUUUGUUGAAGUCCCCUUUAGUUUAUUAUAUUUCACUUUAAUUGCUUAUAUUUCUUUUGUUUCAUAUACCAUAUCAAAAUAUGAAGAUUGGAGUUUAAUUGAUUCAUAUUAUUUUGUUGUUAUAUCUGUUUUAACAAUUGGGUUUGGAGAAGUUAUCCCUAAAAAUGAAGAACAUACAUUGGUUAUAAUAAUGCUUUUAGUAUUUGGUUUGAUAAUAAUGACAACAUGUGUUGAUUUAAUAGGAGCAUAUUAUUUAGAAAAAUUGCAUUAUAUAGGAAGAAAAAGAUAUACAAAUAAUACUAGUGAUGAAGAUCCCUUAGAUUGGCUUAAACAUGUACAACAAAAACGUAUUGAAAUGUUAAAAAGAGAAGCAAUGAGAAAGUUGUUUGAAACAAUCACUGCACUUCAUCAUCUUCAAUUUCUUACAAAUAGUAGUGGAAAUGUAAUAUUAAAUAAUAAGAAUGAUAGUGAUAAUGAAAGUAUACAAUUGGAGCCAGAUUAUACACCACCUGCACCAUUAACAAUUUCAACACUUAAUCCAACAACUGACAGUAUUACUGUUACCUGGGUACCACCAGUUUUUACAAAUGAAGAUAGAAAAAAAUUUAAAAAUAAAAAAUAUUGGUAUACAUUAUCAGUAAAAAAUAGAACACCUCAAAGAAGAAAAUAUUUAAAUCAUUUUACUGUAAUAGAUUUUAUAAAUAAUGCUACAUGUUCAUAUGAAGUAACAGGAUUAAAAUCAUUUACUUUAUAUGAAUUUUCUAUUCGAACAUCAACUAGAUAUGGUACAACAAGUAAUCCUAUAAGAUGUCAAGAAUAUACAGAACCAUGUACUGUUCCAACAUUAUUAAGAGCUGAAUAUAUUGGAUCAGAUUCAAUAACAAUAAGUUGGAGACAACCAAAAAAAAAUUUUAAUCAACUUAAAAAUGGAUUAGAAAGUUAUAUUGUUCAAUAUCAAAUAUCACCUGAUGAUCCAACAAUACCAUUUAAUUUUGCAAACUGGAGAAGAGUUAAAGUUGGUGAUGUUAAAAGUUAUACAUUAACUGAUUUAACACCAAAUACUAAAUAUUCAAUAAGAGUUUUUUGUGAAAACAAUAUUGGUUUUACAUGUGUCUCAAAAACCAUAACAGUUAAGACGAGAGCUUGGUGGUUUGAUGAAGAAAUGUUAAUUCCAACAACUCCGUUAAUCAAACAAUUUUUAACUGGAGAAAGUCGAAGAGGAAGCAAAAGAAAUAGUCAUAAUGAUAAUGAAGAUAUUGGUGAAGAGGAUACUAUGGGCAAAGUUUUCAAUACUCUCUCUGCAUUAAGAUAG